UCCCACCACGAGAGCGGAACCUGAACAGAGGGAGCGUUCAAAGCCGCCAUCGUUUGGUUGGUUAACACUGCUCUACGCGUUUCUGUAAGGCUUCAUAAAGUAGAAUUGGUCACUGGCAAAGACUAACGAGAACUAUAUUCAGCCUAAACAGAUAGUUGUGGUGAGAAAAAAAAACACCGUUUGGCAAAUUAACAUUAGAGAAAAAACACUGAGAAAAUUGCUGCAUUGAAUACAACCACGUAACAACCGGAAGCCCGAUGUAACGGAUGCGGAAGGAACGGAAAGCGAGAAGUGAACCGCUGAACGAUAAACGCGAAUAAAUCGGCUACACGACAACAGAUCCGUCUCCCUGUAUAUUAUAGGGAGAGAAGUAACGGCGUACAUAAGUUGCGUUAGCGUGUGUCGACGUAAGUCACCAGAAACGUUAACUUUUCGGGCCUUUUGUGUAAAAACAUCCGACCACCGUGAACGUUAACGUAUGUAUGCCUGUUUUACUUACGCUGACUGACUGGACGGGAGGACUACAGGUGAAGUCUCACGUGGUUUCAUGAGUCAUGUACCGCUCAAUGAAAGAAAAGGAUCCGGGUCACAGUGGGACUGGUGUCUUCUACCAGGCAGUACCCGCUGUUGGCGUCGAUGGAAGGAACAUCAUGAAACUGAUUCCUGUACAAAUGGUCAACGGACAGUUUGUCAAAUCUCAAAUAAGCCAGCUGAAAACGGAUCCUACACCACCGAAAGCUCCAGUUGGCAUGGCAAAAAAGGCAGCUUUCAGUCCUUCAACAACUGAGCAAAUUGUCAGGAAGCACGUUGCCCUCAUGAAUGCCUUCCCUCAUCAAGUAGGUUUGGAUCUUGGUAAUUCACUAAACAAGCAUCCACUAAAGCAACUACAACAGAGUGUAAAUGUAAUGGCAACUGUACCUCCGAUGGCAUUACCUGUAGCAAACAGUGGGACGUCAGUAAGACCUCCAUGUCAGCUCCCAGGCACAGUGAAAUUUCCAGCAGCCCCCCGAGGACAGUUCCUUCAGAUUCCCCCUAAGGCACAUGUCCCAACCGUCCCAGGACCUGAACUACCUCUGGGUAGGAAGAAACAGACUUUACCACCAUCAGCCAGCUCCUCUGCAAGUUCAGGCUUACCCGGUGUGACCUUCUUGUCACCUAUCACAACUGUCAAUCAAGGCCUGACUGCACAAAAGGAUUCUCCACUUGAGACGCUCAAGUUGAUUUGCAAGAUAGCAAAUCCAACAUCAUGCGGACCUCCAUCAAAAAGAUCACAACCACAUUUAAAUUUAAUUCCAAAUAUUCCCCAAAGGCCCAACAGUCCCAUAAAGUGGUCAAUUGAAGAAGAUGACAACUCAACGGCUCCCACUCUUGAUCCUAUUGAUUCUUCUCUUAUGUCAAAGAUUCUUCGAGUUCUUGCAGAGACAGAAAAUGCUGGGAAGCCCUUUGAGGACAUUAAAAAACCAAGUCCAGCUGUUGACCCUAUAAAUUCUUCCCUUACCUCAGAGAUUCUUCGAGUUGCGGCAGAGAGGGAGAAUGCUGGGAAGCACUGUGACAUCAUUACAAAAUCUGUUUUUGGGUCGAGACAGGGCAAGUCUGGACAAGUACAGGAAAACACCCUUGUCAUGUGCAAUGGGAAGUAUCCACAACAGCAACAGAGUGUACAUUUAAUGACCAUAGUACCUCAGAUGGCAGCACCUGUAGCAAAGAGCGGAAAGUGUGGAAGACCUCCAUGUGAUCUCCAAGUCACAGCGAAAUCUCCAGCACUCCCCAGAGGACAGUUCCUUCAGAUUCCCCCUAAGUCACAUGUCCCAUCAGUCCCAUCAUCUGAACUAUCCUCGAGUAUGAAGAAACAAUCUUUUACUCCAUCAGCCAGCUCCUCUCCAAGUUCAGGCUUACCCGCUGCGGUCUACAUGUCACCUAUCACAAGUGUCAACCGAGGCGUUACUCAACAUAGUGAUUCUGAAAUCGAUGCACUCAAGUGGCUUUGCACGACAUCAAAUAAAACUUCAUGUGGACCUCCAUCAAAAGGAUCACAACCACGUUUAAAAUUAAUUCCAAAUGUUCCACAAAGGCCCAACAGUCCUAUAAAGUGGUCCGUUGAAGAAGACGAUAACUCAACGGCUCCACCUCUCGAUCAUAUUGAUUCUUCUGUAAUGUCAGAGAUUCUUCGAGUUGCUGCCCAGAGAGAAAAUGCUGGGAAGCACCAUGACGUCAUUUCAAACCCAGUUUCUGGGUCGAGUCAGGGCAAAAGUGGACAAGUACCGGAAAACACCAUGGUAAUGUGGAACGGGAAGCUGUUUUUUGUGGCCAAAAAUUGCAGCCCACCAAAAAGUGAUGCACCCAUAGCAGUAAGAAAAUGUUAUGAAUUCAACAAACCCAUCGUAGCUUCACCCCAACAAUCGCUUGUGUCAGUUUCGCCUCAGAAGAAGCAGGGUCUCGGAAUUCUAAGUACAAAGGAGUCGCGCAAAGUCAAUGACCUUUGCGGUGAUGAUGCUCCCAAGGACUCGUCUCAACAAGCAGCUUUAGCUCAUAUGUCAGCAGUCACUCCUGUGGAUGAAGACAAUGUAAUAUUUGUGUCAUAUACCCCACCCAAACCUCAAGACUUCAGAGUAAAAACACAAAUGGCCGCUUUGAGGGAAACCAACCGGACGGACACAAGCAGCUUGAGCAAUGUGACGGAACAGAAGAGCCUGGAUGGUACAUCUGGCGCUCUCGGAAGAAGGGAACCUGGCCAGAGCGUGUCAUUCAACACGGUCAAGAAUCAUACAGAUGUUGGUGUUUCAACAGUGGUGAACAUGCACGGUGAUGAUGAUGAUGAUGAUGAUGAUGGCUCAAACAUUGACAGUCAGCAGAGCACCUCCACCCAACAGUUGGAGAACAUGGACAUUGAUCCCAGCAGCAUUGGAAUAGGCUUUGGAAUAGAGAAGGAUACUCACAAAGUGGAGAGCUCUAUGACUUCCACAACCAGUGGGACAUCUUCACCGGUGCCAGAAUCCUGUCAAAGGGCUGAUGACCUGCUGAGACGGAUAUUUGGGAUAACGGCCGACGUGAAAAUUAGCCUGCAGAGGAUUGACGGAGCCUCGGUUGGGUCUCUUCCUGCAGAAUCUCUGGAGAGCGAGUCCAUUAGAUCAGCGGAGGAUCGCGAGGAAACAACAAGCGGGUUUAAAGACGGGGAACUUCUUUUGACGCACCAUUACAGUCAACAAGAAACUGGAAGCUGUCAGGAACUGUCAGAAGACUCCGCCACUCAAUGUCCUCACUCAGAUGUCGCUCUUCUCGAGUGCACAAACUUUUCACCCAAGGAAACAUGCAGUGAUGUUGAAACAGAGCCACUGUUUGGCUACGUGGAGCCCAUAGAUGAGGAUUUCCUCAGCACUGACGGAAACGACUUCCACCACUCACAGGACACAGCUAGCCGUUCUCCGAGCUGCACGGAUCUGAAUGCAAACACGAGGAGACUGGGGAGAAAAAGGAAGCGCCCGACGUGUCCAUGUUGCAUCGCCGGCACUAAAGAUCCCGCAGCGAGGUCCGGUGCAAAGUCAGAGGAGCCAGAGAGGUGGGCCUGGACGACGGAGCGGACGAGUAGGAAAGGGGGAAGAGCAAAGGCCUCAAGUAAAGACGUGAAAACGCCUGGAAGCAUCGGCUGUCUAACGGCCAAGAACGGCUGUCAGACGUCCGAGGAUCCAGCCAGUGACGGUGUAUCCACAGCGUCCACGGACUCUGAUGAACUUAAACUACACGAGCAGAUCACAAGACUCAAAGAGCUUCUGAGAGAGAAAGAGGCGGCUUUAGAGCUGAUGAGAAACGGUACGAGCUGAGAAGAACCGGCCAACAUUUCAAACGAUGAACAUUCUAACGAAGCAGAGGGAUGUAUUUCGUGUUUAAUAUGUUAUUGCUUCUAUUUAUUUUUGUUGGUUAAGAAGGACUAACACAAGUAUCACCGUGUCUUCAGUGCACGUGUGCAAACCUGUGAUCUGGUUUCAGUGGUUGUAGUCUGGUAUAUGGGCGACCAAAGCUUUUAUUAACUGCGUGAGAGCGCUGCCGCACACAUUUAUAGUUCAACCACCCUUUUUCUUCUUUUUUUU